CAAACAUUGAAGUAUGAAAUUAAUUAGAGAUAUAUUAAAUCAUAUAUAUAUUUAUUUACCGCAGCAAGUUUAUAUUUAAAUUUGUGUAAGAGAUCACAGUGUAGCGUUAAUAUCCAUAAUUGACUAAUCCAUAUUACACAAUUACAUUAUGCUCAGUUGAAUCUUGUUUAAGAACUUGAUUUUUAAGAAGUUUCUGAUUUGUUCAUGCAUAAAAAAAAAUGAAUAUCUUAAAAAGAAAGGUGACUUCUUUAUUUCGACAAUUAAAAUAACAUAAAAAAAGAUCAUCUUCUCUUUAAUUCAUUGUUUUUUUUCCUAAAAAAAGGGGGAAAAGAUUUUAUUUGCAAGUCUUCUUAAGUCAAACUUAUCAACUUAUUCAGAAAGUAAGAGAUAAAUUCCAAACUUCUCUCGAAAUUUUAGCAUUCAUAACUUUUAUUAAUAUUAGUUUAUUUAUACGAAAAGAAUGUCUUCUCGUUCUUUAAAGAAUAAAAUAUUAACCGGCUUGAAGGUUAAGAAGGGGGCAUGGAUUCCGAAGAUUAAAAGACGAAAAGGAAAUAAUGAGAAAAAUGAACGUGCUACAGAUAUUUCUUCAAUAGAACAGGAGGAAACAUCGUACCAAGAAAAUCAAGAACAACUUUAUUCAAUUAAACCUCCUGUAUCAAUAAUUAAUUUGCCCACGGAAAUUUAUUUGCAAAUAUUUAGUUACCUUUUAUUUACGGAUUUAUAUACGCUUUCAUGCGUAUCGAAGUUUUUUAGGGAUUUACUUUGGUCCAAGUCAGAAUUUACUCAGUCAAUUUGGAGAAAUUGUAGGUUGAUACAUUACCCUAAAUAUCCAAAAUUACCACCGCCUGAUGGAAUGUGCGAACAACAAUAUAUUUGGAUCACUUUAGCAACAAAAAUUUGUCAUUUUUGCAAGGAACCAUAUGAAAAAACUGCUUUUGAUAAAUGGUUGGUUAAAAUCAAUUUUUGUGAUCAUUGUAUGGCGACUGAUGAACAUAUUAUAGAUGUUGUAGGAGAAAUGUAAGUAAAAAAAAUAUUUUGUCUGAUUUAAAAAAAUUU